AUGGCAGUAACAGCAUCCUCGCUGGCCUAUCAUGAGCCAUCCAUCACCACCAUCGCCAUCCUCUCCGGCUUCCUCCUGCUCCUCGAUUCCGUAAAUUACGCUCUCGACAAGCUCGUCUACUGUGGUCUCAUUGGUCAGGUAUUCCUCGGUAUCGCAUGGGGAACGCCAGGAGCAAAAUGGCUCUCCGAAGAGAUGGAGCACUCGAUGGUGCAACUGGGAUAUCUCGGCUUGAUUCUGAUUGUCUAUGAAGGAGGUCUCUCCACGUCUUUCAAGUCCCUCAAAGCCAAUCUUCUACUCUCAAUUGGCGUCGCCGUCACCGGCAUCGCUGUCCCCAUGGGACUCUCCUUCACCCUGAGCUCUUUGAUCGGCGCCACACCGCUACAGGCCUUCGCCGCAGGAGCCGCGCUCUGCUCGACCAGUCUCGGGACAACAUUUACGGUUCUAGGCACGAGCGGCCUCACGACCACCCGCAUGGGAGUCGUAUUGACUAGCGCUGCCAUGAUGGAUGACGUCGUCGGCCUCAUCAUGGUCCAGGUCGUGUCCAACCUCGGUGGUGGCGGCGGCAGCGAUUUCAACGCCGUGACGGUGGUCCGACCGAUUCUCGUCUCGUUGGGUUUCGCGACCGUUGUACCGGCGGUGUGUAAGCUCGUCGUGGGCCCGAUCACAUUGCGCCUGAAUAUGAUAAGAGAGAAGAACCCUGGGUCCAAGGUUGACCAGCUUCUUCGUAUGCGUCAGACUGCUCUCGUCAUUCAUACGUGCUGGUUAUUUGGGCUCAUUAUGGGAGGGGCCUUCGCUGGGACGUCGACCUUACUAGCGGCAUAUGUCGCGGGCGCCACCAUCAGUUGGUGGGACAGCGAGGUGCCUCAUCCCAUAUCUCGCGGAAAGGGAAAGCAGAAAGCAUCCAUAGUUCAAGGCGGAUCUGCUGCAGACAACCAGGAAGCUCUCUCUGCAAAUAACCCCGGGCAGUCGAGCUCCGAGAUCCCACCUGCAGCUACUCUGAUGCCAAGUAAUGGCGAAUCGGAUACCUAUAACACAGGUAUUGAGAUCUACGAACAUUACUACAGCAAGGCCGUUGAUCACGUGCUGAAGCCUUUCUUCUUCGCAUCCAUCGGCUUCUCCGUACCGAUAACGAGGAUGUUUACCGGUCCUAUUGUUUGGCGUGGAAUAGUCUACACCAUCCUGAUGAUGGCUGGCAAACUAAUGUGUGGUGUUUGGCUGCUAUCUUUUGCCAGUCCGUUGCACACCGUGCAGCGGAUCACCAAAAAGGUAUCCGGUGUAGGAAAGCAGAAGUCGAAGAAACUCGCACCCGGAACACAAUGUGCCGGGACAGCAUCGGUUUCGGGAGCAAACAACAGCCAGACUUCUCUGCCAAAGCAGCCGCAGCAGGACCAGGAGCCGCGGCAGGGUGCGCAAGAUGGUCAAACGGAAGAGGUGCCGCCUCAGCCGCUCGACUCGCGACAAACCGGAAAAACUCCGAAAAAUGCUUCUCCCAAGCCGGAGAUGCCGGUUUCCGUGUAUCCGGCCUGUAUCCUCGCCUUCGCGAUGGUCGCUCGUGGUGAGAUUGGCUACUUGAUCUCUGCACUAGCCGAAAGCACCGGCAUCUUCAGCGGCGGGUCAGGCGCACCCGAUCAGCCUUCGGAGAUGUUCUUGAUCGUGACGUGGGCCAUCACUUUGUGCACAAUCAUAGGACCUAUAUGCGUUGGUCUGCUUGUAAAUCGGGUAAAGCGGCUUGAGGCGCUCAGCGGCAAAGGCACGCAUGGAGGUGGACGGAACGUUCUUGGUGCCUGGGGUGUGGAGUAG